ACAUCAUUGUUAUUUUCAGUGGAGCUUCAGCUCCUAGGUGGAUAAAGUUCGUCUCUACGUUGGAAGUGAUAGAAAGUAUUAUCCCGAUCCGGGCACCGUUUCCUGUCUUUAGGGAGGAGGAUCGAUCAAAGAGGAUAUUUUGUGAUAUUGGCGAGGGAACGGGUUACUCAAUCGAUGAUCGCGAGGGAAAAGUUUUCUCGGGACAGCAAGUUGUCAAAGCGAUCGGGACUUCCAACAAAAGGCGGAUUCUGUCGCAAGGCUGGGGAGGCUCGGAAGUCGAAUGUUUUUACUUUAAAAAAAAGGUGAGACGCCAUUUUUUUUUUUUUAAGCGACUGAAACUUAAUGUCCGGGAAAAUGGAAGCGACGUUUUACGACGACGCCGUGAACGCGUCGGGCAACUCUCAACACGACGCGACAAGGGUGUACGGCUUUAACGCCAAAACCCUCAAACAGUCCAUGACUCUCAACCUGAACGACCCCAAGAACUUCAAACCUCAGCUGGGCCCCAAGGCCUUGGACAUCCUCACGUCCCCGGACGUGGGUCUGCUCAAGCUGGCCUCGCCGGAACUGGAGCGACUGAUCAUCCAGUCCUGCACCGGCUUGACGACUCCCACCCCGACGCAGUUCGUCUGUCCCAGGAACAUCACCGACGAGCAGGAGGGCUUCGCGGAGGGCUUCGCGAAGGCUCUGGCGGAGCUCCACUACCAGCAGAUGGGCACCGCCCCCGCCGAGGCGCAGACCACCACCACCGACGUCGCAUCCGGCGCAGUUGCGCCCGACGCCGGCGAGACCCAGUACAGCUGCACGGUGCGCCCCGAGCCGCCGGAGUACACCAACCUGUCCGCCUUCAACCGGGCCGCGCUGGGGUCAUCCGACCGACACCCGCCGGCGUGUUACCAGGAGCACUCUCGCCUCCGCUCCCUGAAGGAGGAGCCGCAGACGGUGCCGGAGAUGCCCGGUGAGACGCCGCCGCUCUCCCCCAUCAACAUGGAGAACCAGGAGCGCAUCAAGGCGGAGCGCAAGCGCAUGAGGAACCGGGUGGCCGCCUCCAAGUGCCGGAAGAGGAAGCUGGAGAGGAUAUCCCGCCUGGAGGACAGGGUGAAGAACCUCAAGAACCAGAACACGGAGCUGGUGUCGUCCGCCAACGUGUUGCGGGACGAGCUGGCUCUGCUCAAACAGAAGGUGAUGGAUCACGUCAACAGCGGCUGUCAGCUCAUCUUGACGCAGCAGCUCCAGGCCUUCUAGGCGGCUCCAUGUCUUUGAUGGGGGUUUGGGGAGGGAGGGGGACCAAAUAACUCCAAGUGGCCUGAAAAGUCCAAAUUAUCAUCAGCUCAGGCACUUCCUGCUAAGUUUCUGCAGACGAACUUCAACUUCAGGAAUCUCUGUGUCAUAUAUCGACCAUAGGGGUGGGCAGAAUCGAAUGAAUUGUCACUUAAUAGUUAGUGCACUCUAAGAUUAAUAAUACACAAAGAAAGCUUAUUGUCUUUUUAUUCCCGCUCUUCCUUCCUUCACUACCCGGUGUCCAACACCUAACACCUGUCCUCAUAUCCUGUGUCCCCCGUCUUUAAGUUCCCCCUACAAUGGUUCCGGUAUUGUCCUUGCAACCAAUACAUGACAGAUACCCUUUACCUUCUGUGAAUUGCCGCAUUCUAAAAUAGACAAAAUAUAAAUAAAUAUCCUCUUUUAACUUAUUCCGAGUUUUCAAACAAACUGUGAAGGCGAACUGACUGAAAAAAAUAUCGAUCCGCUCACCCCUAUAUCGCAUCUUUUUCUACUACGCCAUCCAAUACAGAUGACCCGUGGAGGGUCACGUGUGGCACACGCCUGUAUGACGUCAAAGAAGUUGCAAUAAAAAUUCAUUUUAGACAUGAACUUGUACAGUAACACUAAAGAUUGUCACCUUUACGCUCAGGUGUGAAGCAAUUACUGACUUUUAACAACCUGCCUUACUCUUAAUCUUCACAGUGAUGCAACUUUUUGGGAUACAGGUGUAACCGAUGUUUAAGACGUUGUUUGUAUGCUGUUUUUUUUUAAGCACUUCACACUUGUAAAUAUGAUAAAAUAAACAAUUUGACACAC